AUGAUCUCUGCGUCUAUUUGUUGGAUUGGUUUUGCUUAUCUGCGGCGAGGUUUCGCAUAUCGGUCGUUCUACGGUCGUAGUUUCUUAAUCCAUAAUGUCGGUAGAUCACUUUCUACCGCGUCGAGUUUGGAUCAUCAUCUUGGUCGAGUAGUGUGGCUGGCCUGCAUCCUCAAGGAAAAUUGCCCUUGUUUCUUAGUCCGUUGGGAAUCUCUCUUCACUUUGUUUCUGUCCUUGUCAACGGAACGUUGGGUCUGGUUUUCUGUGGGCUUGUGCAAAGAAGUCCUGAUGCUAGUGAGAUCCAACCAUAUAAUGGUUCGUUCUUUUGAAGGCAAGAAGAUAGUCAUCAUCAGAUGAACUGUAUCUUGAUUCCUGGUCUUUAGUUCAUGCUCUGUUCAUUUUUAAAAUACAGCUCAAGGACAAUUAAACAAUAAAUGAUAGAAGUGAUAUAUCUGUGUUCCUGAAUGAUAAGAACUAGAAAUUAAAAGUUCACACAUUUGUAUGUUAUUUGAUGAUUCUGUUCUUGGAAGGGAUGCUCGGAGGGAAGAUGAUCUCACCUGCCCUAGUGCUUGUUUUGGCGUGUUGGCAGUAAAGGAAAAACGUGAUUAUUUUUCAGCAGUUGACCUUCAAGAUGUGCUAGAGAUAGAAAUGAGCUCGUUCAUAUUAGAACUCGGAUUUGGGCUUACGCAGUUAAGUUAUAGAGCAAUGAAUGGAACGCCUAUCAAGAUUGGACAGAAACUAGUGUCAAUAUGGGAGAAGAAUUGUGCAUGCCCAUGUUCAAAUGGGUAGACGAGGAAGGCUAGGAGGUAAAGAAACGAUUAGGGCAGAUUCUGAAGCUCUCAUAGAUUUGGGAAGAAAUAAAGAAAAGGAUUGACAUAGUGGUCUCACAUUUUAAAGUUUCGGUGUGAAAUAUAUCUAUACAUUUAGUUGAAUGGAGCACAUUUUCAUUUUCAAAAUGAAAAAUUCACUGUUAUUUUUCAAUUCGGUAAAUUAUUUUUAUUGUAUCCUAUAUAUGUGAUCUGACUGAUCCAAUAUUUUUAUUUUCUUUCUUCUCCUUCGUAUAUUCUCAUGAUUUCUAUGAUCACUUCUAUUACAUGAUCAGUAUCCCUAGCAGCUUUGCAUAGCAUAUAGAGAAGAAGAAAGUUCUAACAUUAUCCAGAUUCUACAAUCGUUGGAAAAUAUUUCCCGUGCCUCAUAACCUGGUUUUCCACAUUUCUAGUGUUUAGACAAACAGAAGGCCUGAGGUUACUUAUAAAAUCGUCUGUAUCUAGGUUUGAGGCACAGGGGCUGGUAUCUUCUACUUGAGGGUUUCUGAUUGACAUGUUUUCCUGUUUGACACAUUGCAUUGAAUCAGAAACAACUGAGUCGGUAAAUUUUUGAUGUUUUUAUCAUUUGAUGAAAUUAUUGUACUUCCAUGCAAGUGAAGUCCUUUUUUUCAUUUUACAGUCGAGCCUUCAGAGAAAUCUGUGGAGGUUAUGAGGAAGUUCUCUGAGCAGUAUGCUCGUCGCUCAGGAACAUAUUUCUGCGUUGACAAAGGAGUCACGUCUGUCGUUAUCAAGGUACUUGAAGCUGCUAAUAUAUUUCACGCCAUGUUUUUGGCAAUAUUCUAAACAACUUGUGUUACCUGCUGCAACAUCUUAUUUUUCAGAUGACUGUGAUCCAGAUAACUAGUUAUAUUUCAAUAUCUUUUUAUCUUAUGCUGGAAGGUCGUGUCACAGUCCUUCCUUCAGUCAUAUGUUCCUCAGUUAACUUUACUUGAAAUCAAGUCAUGGUUGGUUGAAAUGAUGUGUGACUUAAAAAAUCAAGGCUUAGCAGUCAUUACGGGGAUUUGAUGUGUAGUUUCGAGGUCUUGAUUGAUCAGCCAAGGGCUAAAUUAGCUGUCUGUUUUGGAGCCACCAGAAGUUUGCUGAUGUGACCAAUUUGAGCUCUCCCAAAUGGUCUCUAGACAGGUCCGAUGAGACAUGAAGAAAGUUCUCUGUUCUUUCUGAUCGGGUGACUUUGGCCUAUUGAUCAAAACUUCAAUUCCAAUCUGACCAAUCUAAUGUUCUAGUACGAUACAGAUCAUUAUGCUUGUUGAAUCCAAAAGCGAGAAAAAAUCAUGUCCUUUAGAUAGUCUGCAUAAAUUCAUAGUAUUUCUUUAGUUCGUAAAUAGAAAUAUGAGUAAAUUUUAUUCUCAUUCAGCUGGAUCAUUCACACUCCCAGUAUGACAAAGUGGAAAAGGGAUUGUGGUUGGUAUACUGGAGGCAGUAGGACGUGAUGUUGCAGAGGGCAACGAAUUGGAGGUAGCAAUGGAUCGUGUAGCCGGAAGGAUAUACUGGGCAGGAGAGAAGUAAUUUGGUAGAAACAAGGGGAUGAAGGGUGAAUAUGGAAGGAGACAAAUAGUAAGAAGCUGCUGGGAUGAUUGCGAGCUGGUUAUCUUCUUUUUAAUACGUUCGGUUGGUAAAGGUCAAGUCAUGUGAAGAAGACUCAAAUGGCGGAGAAACAAUAGGUGGGGUUUAUUUUAUAAAGGAAUGUUGUGACAUGGUCAAAUCUUUAUAUUCCUGUUUAUCUGAUCUGAAUUCAGUGAUAUGAGUCCAUUUAUGAUACCUAUUCCCUCAAAGAGGUAGAUGUCCUACAUUACUCGUUAUGGAUACUUGUGUCCAGAAUUCAAUGUAUCAUUUUUCAAUAAAAUUAAAAAUAUUAGGCUUGAUGCAGACCAUCAAAAUAUUAUGAAAGAUUAGGUGGGAGGCAGGGGAACUGGUCUCGUUUGGAAUAUGCUGAUUAUUGUUCGCAGUUUCCUGUAGUGUUGGAGCAAGUUCUGUUUGACUGCCUUAAAUGAUUCUUUGCAGUAAAACGGUUGUUGAUUGAUGAGAGAUUUUACCAAGUAUAAAACCCAAUACUCUUCGUGCUAUUACAUGAUUUUGGUUUUCCUUUUGGUUGUCUUUAUUUCUGUGGUUACUUUGGAGGCCUAAAAGAAUAAGUUAAACUUUAAAUAGGGCUUGGCUGAACAUAGAGAUUCCCUGGGAGCACCACUAUGUCCUUGCAGGUAAAUAAUUUUUGAUUUCACUGUAAAUCUCUUGUUUUGUUCUUCCCUUUAUUUUUUUUCUUAUUUUGUCAGGAUUUUUUUAAAAAUUCCAGUUUAUUUAUAAGUUUCACUUCAAAUGCCUUGAAAUUUCAGGCAUUAUGAUGAUAAGGCGGCUGAAGCGUCUCAAGGAUUUUGGAACUGCCCCUGUGUUCCCAUGCGUGAAAGGUCAGUUAGAUCACCACAGAGCCUCCUUAACAUGAAACCUUUCCAGUUGAAUCUUCAUUGAGGAAAUAAUUUCUCCAAUAUAGUUGUCUAUAUGAAAACCCUGAAACUAUGUUGAUGACUACUAGUGAUAUAUUGCUUCCUCUGAGUGUUUCUUGGUCACUUUCUAAAGAAACCAACCCCGUACUCACUAUCACCAUCAUAAGCGUUUGCUAAUCAGGAUGGCCCAGAAAUAGAUGCCAUGAGACGAAGAUUUGGGAAAGUCUGUAGUUCUGCUCCUUCCAAUGCUAAUCCUUCCCAGAUUCUUGGAAGCACUUCAUAGUUUGAAGGUUUCGAUUUGUCUACUGUUGUCCACAGUCGAAUGGGCACAACAGAUGGAUAGGAUUCCAACUAAUAAUUACUUUUUUUAAUUGCAGGAAGGAGUGCCACUGCAUGCUUUUUCUAACUCCAGACAAUGAUUUCGCGGGGUCAGACCAGGUGAUUUGAUAACCUGUUAACCCUAGCCAUUGCUAACGAUCUCUACUUGAUCUAUUUCAGAGUAAGCUCUAUAUGACUCACAUAUAAAAAUAAUAAGGCUGUCCAGACUAAAAUCAGCAAGAAGUGAGUGAAGUACGGCUACAUUUUUAACAACAUGGUUGACUUCUCCCGUUGAAUUUUUGGGAAUGUUCUAACAUUAGGGAAGGAAGACUUAUUGGUACUGGUUUUGGCCAUCAUUAAAAUACAUAAUGAGCAUCUGGAGAAGGAAAUGAAGAGAAACCUGUGUUCAUUGGGUUUCAUGCGUACUUGAUCAAUAUAUCUAAAAAAUAAACUAGUAAGAACUUUGCCUUCACUCAGCUUUUUAGUCGCAUCACAAUAGUCAAUCUCUCUGGUUUUGUAAAUCUAAACCCUCAGGUUUCUUCAUCAGAUCGAGUCCCCUUUCUAAGUUAAUCCAAUCGUGCUUACUAUUGUCAUGCUCAUUGAUGACACUAGUUUUGGCUGAAAUAUUUUUUAUGAGAUUCAUUAGUGGUUAGAAAUUUGGGACACUAGUGACUAGGUUCUUCUAGGUUUUUGGGAAGAUUAACCUUGUCGGUCACAAGUAGGCCAUAAAAGGAUUCAUUAGUGAUGAAUUGGUAUGAAUCCUUUUUGCUUUACGUUCAUACUUGGUGAGUGAACUCUGUAUCAAGUCCUUGUACAGAUAGAAUAAAGUAUAAAUUAUGGUGUUGGUGUUCCUCUCCUUCGUCCACUCUUCCAGAAGAACUUUUGCUUAGGGUUUACUAACUCAAAUACACAAUAAAAACAUAUUAACUUUAGGUCAUGAGCUUGCAUGUUUCAUGACUUGAACUCCUCAAUGACUGCUUGUUCCAUGCUAAUUUGCCAUUCUAGACUUAUGGCUCCAGAAUGCCUCAGUUGGUCACUGAUUCUUACGAUUAGUCAGUCACUCAAAGAGCCGGAAAAUUCUCAGCAAAAUCAAUCAGAAAAUUUACCUCUCACAUUUGUAUUCCAUGAUUAGUUAAUGCAUAUUCUUAUUCAAUAUUAUGCAUGGUUUUGGGCGAGUUCCAUCCAUUGAUCUACUACUGAUUACUUGAUCUAAUUUUGUUGCAGAGAAUCUCCACGGAGGAGAUUAAGGAGACAACGGCCAACUACUAA